CGUGUGCGCCGCGCACGCGUACUUCGAGCUGCUGCCAUGGCGCUGUCGGGUCCCCUGAACAGGUACCUGCUGCUCAUGGCACAGGAGCACCUGGAGUUCCGCCUGCCGGAAAUAAAAUCUUUGCUCUCACUUUUCGGGGGACAGUUCACAAGUAGUCAAGAAACUUAUGGGAAGUCUCCUUUUUGGAUCCUUACCAUUCCCUCUGAAGAUAUUGCCAGAAAUGUAAUGAAACGGACAGUGUGUGCCAAGUCUAUGUUUGAACUAUGGGGUCAUGGAAAAUCUCCAGAGGAGCUAUAUAGUUCUCUUAGAAGCUAUCCAGUGGAAAAGAUGACUCCAUUUCUACGUUCAGACUCUACAUAUAAAAUAAAAAUUCACACAUUUAAUAAAACAUUGACACAAGAAGAAAAAAUACAACGAAUAGAUGCACUUGAAUUUCUUCCAUUUGAAGGGAAAGUCAACUUAAAGAAGCCACAGCAUAUAUUUUCGAUUUUGGAAGAUUAUGGUUUGGAUCCAAACUCUAUCCCAGAGACACCACAUAAUAUUUAUUUUGGUAGAUGGAUUGCAGAUGGACAGAGAGAACUUAUUGAGUCAUACAGUGUCAAAAAGAGACAUUUUAUUGGAAAUACAAGCAUGGAUGCUGGUUUGUCAUUCAUCAUGGCCAACCAUGGAAAAGUAAAAGAAAAUGAUAUUGUCUUUGAUCCAUUUGUUGGAACAGGUGGCCUUCUAAUAGCAUCUGCUCAUUUUGGUGCCUAUGUAUAUGGGACAGAUAUAGACUACAAUACAGUUCAUGGCUUGGGAAAGGCUAGUAGGAAAAACCAAAAAUGGAGGGGACCAGAUGAAAACAUAAGGGCAAAUCUUCGUCAGUAUGGUUUAGAGAAAUACUACCUCGAUGUCCUGAUAUCAGAUGCAUCUAAACCUUCCUGGAGGAAAGGCACAUAUUUUGAUGCUAUCAUCACUGAUCCUCCAUAUGGAAUCAGAGAAUCAACAAGAAGAACAGGUUCACAAAAAGAAAUAGCAAAGGGGAUAGAGAAAUGUCCAGAAAGCCAUGUUCCUGUCUCCUUGAGUUAUCAUCUGAGUGAUAUGUUUUUUGACCUGUUAAACUUUGCAGCUGAGACCCUUGUAUUAGGUGGAAGACUUGUCUAUUGGUUGCCAGUUUACACUCCAGAAUACACUGAGGAAAUGAUACCUUGGCACCCUUGCUUAGAAAUCAUAAGCAACUGUGAGCAGAAGCUUUCUAGUCACACAUCAAGGAGAUUAAUAACGAUGGAAAAAGUGAAACUUUUUGAGGACCGAGACCAUUAUUUACAUCUGCUAAGUGAUCAAAUUCUGCUGUAUCAUGGUCAGGAUUCCUUUCGUGAGAAAUAUUUCAGCGGUGUAACAAAAAGAAUUACCAAAGAGGAAAAAUCCAGCCAGGUGUGACAAUUAGGAUUUUGACAAUGAAG